GUUCGAGUAUGUCAUUUUCACACACCACCAACCCUCGUCCUGGACCAAACACUAAGAACCUCAAGUGCCACAACGAACUGAUCGAUCAACUUCGCACAGCUCGCUUCUUCUCGAAGAAAUAUUUACGAGGGGGUUACCACCAGAUCCGCGUAGUCGCGCGUGACUGUCAUAGUACCGCGUUUUGUAGUAGGUACCGGAGUUACGAGUAUGGAGUUAUGCCCUUCGGCCUUACGAACGCCCAUGUAACUUUUCAAAUGACCAUGAACCAGAUCUUCGUCCGGAUUUCAGGGUAGUUGAUUUAUGUUUCAUCCGGAUUCGGCAGCGUUUCUUACGUGGCUCCGCUCUCCCCGUCGCCGCUGUCGCAAUCCCUUUCCAUGCGACACUAUCGCUGGGCUCUUCUCGCCGUGCCUCUCGCGCUCGCUCUGUUUCUCGCUCUCCCACGCGCUCAUGCCGUUUCCAUGGCUUCCGCUUCUCAUCCCAAAAAUCACGAAAGGCAUUUCGACCUGGGGGGAGUGGGACACCUGUGGGUUACCCACCCCCAGACAACCCUAAGUUCCCCACAAGACCCCGCAGGGUCACAUGUUGCUAGUGGCGACAGCCGAGAAAUUCGCCAGAAUCUCGCCCAGCAUCGCGCGGGUUGGAUCCAGCCAAUAGGGUGUGAUUUCCGUUCGUUGAGACUUGUGGGUUACUUCACAGGCUCGACACGGACCUGGGCACCACCCGAGGCUCGGCCCACAGGCCCACAAAUGAGCCCCGCAUUCGCGACUUCUGUAUGACUCGAAUAGAGUACUAAACCAAUUGGCGGUUCUGAUGCAAUGGCUAUUGGGAUGAUAUACCAGUCAAUCAGACAAGGUU